AUGCCGACAGCUACCUGGGCCUCAGACUAUGACCUGAUCAAUCUCGGCCCUCUGACCACCACCUUCACAGCUCCGCCUGAAUGUACCCUCCCGGUCCAAGGUGUCGGGCUCGGUCCCGACGCUUAUGAGCCUGACUACAUCCUAUGGAACCAACAAUGCGACAUAGUAUCGGCUGGCAACUGUCUCCCGUCGGGGUCUGCAAUGGACAAUGAUUACAAUUCUCGCACCGGUCAACCAAACCAAGGCUAUCAGCUCUACUACUACUCGCCAGCUGCGGCGUGUCCGGCAGAUUGGAAGACUGUCGGCCUUGUAUCACGAGCCAACGAUGGCUUACUGUCGUACAGCGGAGUUUUUGAUCCGUCAUGGGUAACGCGUCCGGAGAAAUCGGUAACGACGAACACUGUCUUCAAUCCCCUCGUCCAUCGGUGGGCGAAUGAACUCGGCCCUCAGGAGACUGGCAUCGCGUGCUGUCCCAGCGACUGGAUCCCUGAUAUAAAUGCGUUCUGCUUCUCUAAUUUCCCAGCGGGCAAGUUUCCGGGCACAACAGCAUGCGGCAUCGAGAACACGAAUUGGCCUCCCGGAACAUACGUACCGGGAUCUUUUCCACUCGGCAACCAGACCGUGACGGGCAUAGUGUUGAGCCUGACAACGACGCUCGACCUCAUCAGCUCCGAGACGACUUUUCCUUCGGGCUACUGGGCCACAGCCGAUGACGAUCAAGAAUGGGAGGGCAUUGCCACCCAGAACAUGAUUUUUUUGGCUACAGGCGGCGCUUCUCCUGCGCCGACGCCGAAGCAGACUUUUACGGAGACAGAUGCCUUCUCACAGGCGACUGGUGCGACGCUAUCUGUGAAUUUCCCGAACAAGGCAAGCGAGAUGCCAGCCGCUGCCAUCUAG